CUACCAAAACACCAUCUGCGUUCGUACUCACACCGUCCUGCUGAGCUAAUCUCUCCUUCUCCUCAAACCCUCAAAAACUCCAGUAUCUGGACAAGCAAAACAGCAUGGCUAUGGACACAGAUACGAUCCCCAACCUGCUGGGCGACAUGCGGGAUGAGGCCCCCGACGACCUCCAGACGCACUUCAUUUCCUUCGAGGACUACUGGGAGAGGAAGCUAUGGCACGAGCUCACGGAGGCCUUGUUAGAAUAUUUCCAGACACCCGCCAGCGCACGACACCGGAUACAGCUAUACGACAACUUCAUCAAGACCUUUGCGGCUAAGAUCAACCAGUUGAAGCUUGUCCAGCUAGGUCUAAGCACAGCUGCAUGUUAUAGAGAUAACCAAGAGCGCCUCACCUUCCUCACAGCGCUCGUCGAGAAGGUCAACAAGCCAGCCUCGCAAGACGCCUACGUAUACGCCACUGUGGCAGCCGCAGAUAUCCAGUUGAAGCUGAAGGAGUAUGAAGGUGCGCGGAAAAAGCUCGAUGAGUGCGAGAAGAUACUAGACACUUUCGACUCGGUGGAGACCGUUGUGCACGCAUCCUUCUACCGUGCCAAUGCGGACUAUUACAAGCACAAAAUGGACUUUGCAGCCUACUACAAGAACUGCCUCCUCUUCCUCGCCUGCGUCUCCGUCAACGACCUCACAACCACAGAACGCCAAUCGCGCGCCUACGACCUCGCCAUCGCCGCUCUCGUCUCCGACAGCAUCUACAACUUCGGUGAACUUCUCUUGCACCCGAUCCUAGACACCCUUUCGCAUACUCAGCACGCCUGGCUAAGAGACCUCCUCUUCGCCUUCAACCGCGGCGACCUAGUCGCCUACGAUGUCCUCGCAGGCAACAUCGGCAAGAACGAGUUCCUCCAACAACACCAAACCUUCCUCUACCAGAAGAUUUCGCUCUCCGCGCUCACAGAGACCGUCUUCCGCCGCCCACCGCACGACCGCGCCAUGUCCUUCGCUACGAUCUCCGAGGAAACGAAGGUCCAGCCCAACGAGAUCGAGCACUUGAUCAUGAAGGCGCUGAGCUUGGGGCUACUUAGGGGCACGAUUGACCAGGUGUCAGAGAUCGCACGGAUCAACUGGGUGCAGCCGAAGGUGCUAGAUAUGAAGCAGAUCGAGAACAUGCGAGGGCGGUUGCGUGAAUGGGAUUCGAGCGUCAACCAGCUAGGGAACUGGAUUGAGGGGGUGGGCAAGGAUGUUUGGGCUGCAUAGGGAGCUGUUGCGGUGCUCUGCGGCCCGGAAAGUCAGGGCCUGUGGAGCAUGUAUAAUCAUCCGGAGUAACAGAGCACUCGCUCUGGGCCCGGCAGUUAGUCGGUCACGAAUAAGAGAAAUUUUAGAC